AUGUCGCAGGUUUCGACUGAUGAUAGGGCAGACACGACUGAUCUGAAUUCGGAGCGUCUCGAGGAAAACCAUCGGAAUUUCGCUGAAGUUUUGGAUCGUCUCGAUACAAGCACUGCUCAAAUUCGUCUACUACGACAAUUGGUCGAGCUACGUAUUCGAGCCUUAGAAAUAGCACAGGAAGCCCUGGAAGAAACGCGGGAUGGUGACAGUGUUUCGACACCGGCAAAUCGCACACACUAUGAAUCAAUGAUAAGAAGUGAUGCCUUUGGCCAAUGCACGAUAUGCUUUGAAGAGGAGCCGUACGAUCCGGUUGGAUGCAUUCAUUGCCUGCAGUUUAUCGGCUGCCGACGGUGCGCGAAUCGCUGGUACGACGUUGCCUGCCGCCUUGGCCGACGCAGGCAAUGUCCCUUGUGUCGUCACGAGUGGGAAGAACUACCGGAAGUGCUGGACAUCUUCGAGCUGACACUCGACUGA